CAACCCCAAGAAUUCGCUAGCAUAAGUUGACAUUGCCAGCGGAUUUGAGGAUAUGCCGGGGAAAAGGAAAAGAAGUAGUGCCGCAAAUGCGAAUGCUGAUGCCACCGCUGUGCAUUCAGAGGAAAGAAACGUCAAGCCAAUCAGCGCGGUUGCUGCCGCAAAAUUAAGAUCCCAACCGUUUCUGCAAGAAGAAGUUCCAUCAAUUGAAAAUCCCAGCUCAGCCAAUUCUCUUGUCUCAAGCGAAAUAGAAGGAGAAGAAGGAAGAUCACUUGGCGAAGACGAGGCCUCGGUUCCCCAACCCAAUGUCCAACUGUGCACGUGGCGAUAUGGACCCGACUAUGUAUCCUCCGAGUCGGAAGAACAGGUCACUAUAUGCUUGAAAAAGGGUGCCACCAUCACCUUGAUAGGAUGUUUCGAUUUUACCGUGUUAAGAGGGGCUAUCAACAUCAAUGGCGCAAACUUCGGUGCAGUACUUCGCCGAGGCGAACAACCCAAAACUUCUCGUGCAUACGUUCUUUCGACGCAUCCCAUAUCCGUUAUCAAGGGGUUGGACAGUGAGAAUGAAAUCCAAUUCCUAAGCUGUCCCGAAACAACGCCUCUAGGUUCAUUGAACCCACUCUUUCGCAAUAUCUGGAAUGCCAAACCUCUCACUGGACGGGCUAAGUCCUUCUCAUUGAUCACGGAAUCUGACGCGGACCCUCUUCAUAGACCUCUCACACCUGAAAUCAUACCCGAUGAUUGGGUUCGCCAAGUUGAUGAAUGCGCAGCCACUUUCAACACCACCCUGGUUAUAGGCCCACCCUCAUCCGGCAAAUCGAAUUUUGCAAAGAGGCUUCUGAAUAGAUACCUGACCGGCCAUGGUAGACUAGCGCAGCCCAUUUCUUCCGCAUUGUUUCUUGACCUAGACACGAGCAAACCCGCGUACACACCCCAUGGCCAAAUAUCGCUUGUACUGGUACGACAGGUCGAUCUCGGACCCCCUUAUACACAUCCUCACCCGUUGCCUAAGUCUGCAGGGGGCAAUGAGAUUGUCCGGUCUCAUCCUGUGCCGGUCCACAACACGUUGAACUAUCUGGACCACUUCCUUGCUGGUACAAGGGAUCUCCUACGUACCUUCCAGGGCCUAAACCAACAACAACCAUCCGGCCCCCUCAUAGUCAACACCCCCGGCUGGCUUUAUACCUCGACCUUCAGCACGCUCCUCGAUCUGCUCCCUCUCCUAAAACCGCGGAACCUCGUCGUCCUCGCAGACGCCAGCUCCAUAGAUGUCGACACCGCCUCCAAACUCCACACCCUCGACACAGCCUCUCGGAAACUGAACGCUGCAGUUUUGCAUAUCUCCGCGAUCCCAGCACCCCCUACUCCUUCACCUUACACAGACGCACACCACCGAGACAUGCACAUGCAGUCCUACUUCCACCUACGCCUGUCCAAAUCCUCGGAACCAGCAUUCUCCUCCCUUCCACUCACUCACCUCCCGCCUUGGGAAUUCUUCCUAAACGAAACAGAGACAUCACCGCAAUCGCUCAUCGGCGUUAUAGCACUCUGCGACCCCUCUUCCCUCACACCCCCAAAUAGUCUCCAGACGAUCCUCAACGGCGCUAUCGUCCACAUCAUGGAUACCUCUGACCCGGACAUAAUUGGCCAGUACGGCACACUGCCUCGGACGCAAGACCGUUUCGGCAUCCCCUAUUUCCCCGUCGACCAAGACACAGGCGCUGUGAAGAUGUUGGAUCCGGCGUCAUCCCGGAUCGUGGCUACGGCAUUGGUGCGUGGGUGGGAUGUUAGCAGGGGAGUUGUCCAGCUUCUGGUUCCCAAGGGUGUGGAGAGCGUUAUGACUUCGCUUCGGUCGGACAGGACGGUGUGGGUUGUCGGGGCUUGUGAAGGGGCGGGGUGGGCUUAUGUGGAGGAGGCCGAGUAUGUUCGGAGUGAAGGGGGAGGAGUGGAGGGGCAGGAGUUGGACCCCUGGGUGGAGAGGAGGGAGGUGGUGGAGGGGAUGGGGUAUUUGUGUGUGCCGCGGAGAGUGAGGCGGUUUCAGCAGUGA